GAGGAGGGAAGGAGGAGAGGAGGAGGGUCAAGGCUCAGUGUUAGAUCCAGGAGAGAGGAGAUCAGCGGUUGAUUUUUGCAUAGUUGACCGGGAACGAGGCAAACACGCUGGAAUACAAAUUUUAUGGCUCAUUUUAAAGUCACCUCAACUCGCUUUCUCGUCGCAGAGGCAAUGGCUUCAAGCGUUGUAGUGAUUUCAGGCAGUCUAAUUGGAAAUCUUUAUGUAGAUGGUCCUUAACAGGAGGAAUGUGUCAUUACACAUAGGUGUAUUUUUGCUUGCAAAAGUCUGAUAUCGGUUCCCCUUUGACCUCUUUGAGGACCUGAUUGAAAUAUGGCAGGACCUUGUUGACCCUAUGCACAGAAGAACCAAUAAUCGUCAACCAUAGGGUGUAAACAUCACAUCCUGAAUACCAAAGAAACCUGGAAUAUAAAAAAACUUUAAAUACAAAGCAUUAACCAUGGAGACCAAAUGCAAAGUCCACUGGAAACAAGUAGCCAUGGAAACCACAAAUUCAAUCUGGCUCUUACCUUUGACCAUAUGGAUUUUUUUGGCUGGAGUUUUACAACCAACCGUUGCGAAUGAAGAUGACAUCACAGCACGCAUUAGUUUUUCAUACAAUGCUGAAGGGCGAUUGUUGAGAGAGUUCUCUGUGGAUGGUGUGUAUAACUAUUCAACACUUCUGCUAAGCCCAGAUGAAAACAAGCUGUAUGUGGGAGCCAGGGAGAACAUAUUCUCUCUCAACCUGGACAACAUCAGCGCAACGUAUCUACAGAAAACAUUGUCAUGGAACACACCAGAUGAACAGAGGAAAGAAUGCAGCUUUAAGGGAAAGGACCCUCAGACGGACUGCUUUAAUUACAUCAAGAUUUUACUUCAUUUGAAUAGCACACAUCUGUAUGUGUGUGGUACAUAUGCCUUCAGCCCCACCUGUGCUUACAUUAAUGUUUCAAGUUUUUCUCUGGAGAAAGAUGAACUGGGUGAGCAUGUUAUUGAGGAUGGUCGUGGACGUUGCCCUUUUAAUCCAGAAUACAGGUCUACAGCUAUUAUAGUGGACGGGGAGCUGUAUACUGCGACUGUCAGUAACUUCCAGGGAAAUGAACCCACCAUAUAUAGGAGUCUAGGGUCUGGCACUUCUCUGAAAAUGGAAAAUUCUCUCAACUGGCUCCAGGAUCCAGCGUUUGUAGGUUCUGCUCAUAUUACGGGGUCGGGCAGCGAGAGAGGUGAUGAUCAGAUCUACUUCUUCUUCAGCGAGAUGGGAAAGGAGUUUGACUUCUUUGAUAACACCGUAGUGUCCAGGAUUGCACGUGUGUGUAAGGAGGAUCAGGGUGGGGAGAGAGUCUUGCAAAAGAAGUGGACCACAUUUUUGAAAGCUCAGCUCUUGUGUUCACUACCGGAGGAUGGUUUUCCGUUCAACAUCAUACAGGAUGUGUAUGUGCUCCCAGCCCAAAGGCAGAGAGACACACUCCUAUAUGCGGUCUUCACUUCUCAGUGGAGCAAAGGUCUGGCAGGCAGUUCGGCAGUAUGCGUUUUCAGCAUGGAUCAAGUAGAGAAAGCUUUCAGUGGCCGUUACAAAGAGGUCAAUCGAGAGACACAGCAGUGGUACACACACGCUCUUCCUGUACCUGAACCACGACCUGGAAUGUGUAUUACUAAUGCUUCAAGGCAGAUGGGAAUCGAGUCGUCCCUGGAUAUGCCAGAUAAGGUGCUAAACUUUGUAAAAGAUCACUUUCUGAUGGACAGUCCGAUCAAAAGCCAGCCUGUGCUUUUUACACACUCCGUGCGCUACACGCAAAUCGCCGUGCAACACGUACAAGGCCUUUACGGGGCUUACGAUGUGAUGUUUAUUGGCACAGAUGAUGGACGUUUGCAAAAGGUUGUGAAUGUGGCUGGUGUGAUGCACAUCAUUGAGGAGAUCAGUGUGUUCGUAAAGCCACAACCAAUACAACACAUAGAGCUGGACUCAACAAAGGGUUUGUUAUUUGUGUCGUCUCGCUCUGGCAUUGUACAGCUGCCAGUAGCAAACUGUAGUUUCCACAACAACUGUGGGGAGUGUAUUUUAGCCAAAGACCCAUACUGUGCAUGGACAGGCACACGUUGCACUGAUGUCACAAAAAACCCAAAACAAAAUCAUUGGCAGCAGGAUAUAGAGAUGGCAGACACCAUAUUAAAAUGUAACGGCACAAUGUUCAGUAUUGACUCUCGAAGCGCAGUGUUACCACGUUCUUUACCAAGUUUCCAAUCACAUGACUGCCAGCUCGUCAUCAUCCCUGCCAACACUCUUCGCUUGCUGCCCUGCAAACCUCGCUCCAACCACGCCCAAAGAAAAUGGCUAUACAAGCCAGAUGUAAGUCACUACCUGUUUCGCAGCCCAGAUGGUGGAUUGGUAGUCAGCGGCCGAGCGGGCAGUGAGGAGAUUUUCUCUUGUUGGUCAGAAGAGAGCGGCUUUAGGCAACUCUUGGCCAAUUACUGUGUGAAGGCGGAGCCUUUUUCUGUGACGACGUCCAAUCUAGGACAAACAAAUGAAGCUUUUAUAAUUCAGGGCAUAUCGUCAGACAACAUCCUGACCGGUGAAUCUGCACGCUCUGCUCAACAGCGUAUAAAGACCUAUGGCACAGAGCUGGCAGUGGUUUGUGUGCUGUUAGUCAUUUGCGUGCUUUCAUUCGGGCUGUCUUUGGCAUACCGACAGAGAGGUCGGAUGAAGGAGAUGUUAAGGGGGGGAGAGCAAAAAAGCACAGGCAAGCCUAGGGAGAGUUUACCCCUUAACGGUGGCGUGCUUCCAACUUCCCCUUCAGACCACAAAAGCUACCAGACAUUGGAGGAAAGCUGUGGCUACAUAAUCUCUCCAACAGAGACUUCCAGCACAAACACAUUACCGCAGCAGAACUCAGCGGAAGCACAGACGCUCGCCCAAACGCCACAAAAAGGAUUUAAAGACAGUCUUGUGGAAAUUAGUGACAUUUCCCCUCGCCCGCGUGUCCGUCUGGGUUCUGAGAUCAGAGACUCUGUGGUGUAAAGAUGUGCGUUUAUACUGAUGUUAGAUGACAGUGAGAAUCACAACCAAAAACAAUGUAACUCUCUAAAUGUUUACUUGGUAGUCACUGGGCAGCUUUACUGAAUGACUUUAGAGCCCUGAUCACAAGUGAAAGGAGGGGAAAGAGAUGAAGUGCCACUCUGAGUGAGAACAGAGCCACUCGAACACAUUACUGUAGGAUGUCACAUUCUCAGUGUAUGGCCACAUUUUACGUAUUUAAUACAAUGCCCUGAAGUCUGCUUCCACUCUUUAGUCACGUCUUAAUACGAUUCAUUGUGCUAAUAUGAGAAAGAUAAUGUUACAAGUUUUAAGAUGUAAUGAAAGAUUGAAACCGAAAGAAGAGUGAAUGGGAGAUAAGGACUGAGCCUUUGGUUUUAAACUGGUAUGAAAAUAGCUGCUGGUGCUAUCACUGCCAAGAAUAAUGAUGCUUCAAGCAUCGAGACAAAAGAUUGUUGCAUAUGUCUUUUAGUAUUUGUUUGCUAUUGUUGUGCACAGGUUCAUGACAGCUCAUAUUGUUAAUUAUAAGACCCCUAGCCCAUUCUCUGCAGAUAUUCAUACCAUUUGUUAGAGAGUUUGUUAGCAUUAAAGGCCAAGGUUACUACUUGUAAACGUUUUAGAAAUGUGCUAAGAUUUUUCAUUCAUCGCAUUUUUGUAAAAAAGGAAAAAGUUUUUUGGGAGAAAGUAGAUUGGUGUUUUCUGUGAUUCAGUUGUGCUAUGUGGGUCUUAAAAAUAGAAAAAUGUCAGAUAUGGUAACAUUUAUUGAAUCAUUAAAGGGACACUCCACUUUUUUUGAAAA